AUGUACGCGUGGACACUGCUGGCGGCCCUUUUUGCCUUGACCCUGGCGAACCCGUUGCCGAAUGCAGAUUACGACGGCUUCCAGGGCAUCUUCGACUCGACCGAGCAAUUCUGCGAGCACAUGAUGAGAGAGACAUUCGGCGCCGACGUCGUGAAGCACCCCGGUUUUGCCGCCCAUAUGGCCACGCAGGGGCUGAAGACGCGCUUCUGCGACGAGGCCGAUCAAGCCGUACAGUGCGCAUCGGGCAGCGCAUCAGGCUCGGUGCACUUUGACCUGGUGGGCGACGAGUGCCUCACCCAAUUCGACGCCGAUUGGCGGGACACCGUCGUCGAGUUGAAGAAGAAAUUCGGCAAGUCUCCC